GUUUGAAACGCGAGUGAACAGUGCAUCUGGAGUUUGUGUUUGUGUUGUCAAGUUCCUGUUAUAAGUAACCGCGCAAGAAAGGGAACGACAGACUCGCUUUCGGUCGCCCCGAUAAGAUGUCCUCAGAUGAAGGGGAACUCAACAGUCCAGACCUACCAAGGGACUCAGACAGAGGUAGCUCGGUGUCCUCUGAACUUCAAGAUGAGUAUGAAGAACUGCUUCGCUUUGCUGUGGUCACUCCUAAGUAUGAGCCAAAUCUUCCGUCACAGCUAAUGAGAAGCUCUUUUCCUUCUAAAAGUGCCCAGUAUUCGAGAUUAAUGGAUGAUGCAGGACUUCAGCAUGAGCACGAGGACAUCACAGAAAAUGGGAGACAGUCUGUACCUGCAAAUGAGAUGAUUUCAGCCAGGGCUACUCCACAGUUAGGUGGUUCCAGACCACAGAGUCAGAUUUCUGAAGCAUUUUCUUCAGGGGAGGAGAUGGCUGCCAGGUCUGAAGGAGAGUCAGAGAGACGCUCUGAAUCGGACAGAUCUGGGCAGAGCAGUCCAGAUCCUGUUAUCACUUCGCUGACCGAGAUGUUUAUCUCGGAGGAGAACCUGAACAAGAUGGAGAAUAUUCUGGAUAUCUGGAGCAGCAACCUGAAGAGUAAUGUGAUGAUGGAGCUAAGGAAAUGGAAAUUGGCCUUUGUGGAGCAGCACAGGCUGGAGAUGAGAAAGGAGAGGGAUAAACAUGCUGCUCAUAUAGCAGGUAUUAAUGCAGAGAUGGACAGCCUCAAAGACCUGCUCAACACCUACCAGAUCUCCAAUCAGAGAAAAGAUGAGGUGAUUGUGAAUCUUACACGGGCGGUUGACAGGCAGCGGGAGCGGCUGGAGCUGAUGAGGAGCUUCACUCAGUGGAGGAUCAAGCACUGCACUGCCAAGGAAGAGGCACAUGGGGCCAAGUUGGCAGAUCAGCACUACCAGCUGCAGCUCAAGAGGAAGGUGUGGGCUGGCUGGCACUCACUCAUCCAGAAAGACUGGAGGGAGAGGGUAGAGCAGGCCUGUCGAACACGUGCUGAGGAUGUCUGCCUGCAGCUGUCUGCAGACUAUGAGGCUAAGCUGCUGGAGCAUGUGGAAGCCCUACAGAAAGCCCAGGCAGAGAUCCAAAGGCUGCACAUAGAGAGAGAGCGCUAUGAAGAAUCUAUGAAGAAAGCCUUCAUGCGUGGAGUCUGCGCACUCAACAUUGAGGCUCUCAGUAUGUUCCAGACUGGAGAUACAGGGAGGCAGGAGCGAGAUGCUCCACUCUCAGGGGAGGAGCCUGGCUGUAGCACAAUGGCCAGUCGCCCGCUCCGGACCGCCUCUGCACGCCUUAGCCCAAUUGUCAUGGAGUCUCCAGUACUGCCCGCCCCGUCACGCAGUAAUGCAGAAGACACAGAAGCAGAGCAGUUCACAUCUCUGGCUGGCUCUAGUGCAGCAGCAAGCCGGGCAGAGGCACUACCUUCCACCACGAUAGUAAACACUGCUUUACCACCAGGAGGCAGCACAAACUCUUUUAGAAAGUCCAGUGCACGGAUAGUAACAGCUGGUCAGCAGAAAGCUUCCAAGACUGUGACUGCACGUAUAACCGGACGCUCCGAGUUGGCCAAGGCAGGCUGCCCUCCUGGAAAUCUGCAUGUGAUGGGUGUGGCCCCACCCAUGAGCUCCGUCAUUGUGGAAAGACACCACCCUGUCACUCAGCUCACUGUUGGUCAGGCAACAGCAGCCAAAUUCCCUCGCUCUGCCCUCCAGAGUCAGACUGUGUCAAGCACUAAGAGCUCCUCCAGCCAGCCAAGAACACACUCCUCUGCAUUUCAUAUUCACUCUAUCAAAGUAGUGGACUAACGCAUUCAGUUCCAUGCAAACACAAAUGAAUGUACUAUGGUUAUUGAUAAAUAUACGAGGACUUUUUAACUGUUGCACAGAAGUGGAUUACAAUAACGUAACCUGUCAAACUACACAGGUACAUAUUGGAGCAAAAACAUCUGUUCUUGUUCAGGGAUCAGGACAAAGAUUUUUAUACUGCUCAUUCAGGUAUGGGUGACCAUUUUUGAUUUAUGUUUAUUUUUAAACCAGUUUAUUUGAUUACGUAUUUUAUACUAAAGAAAUGCAACAAUCGCACCAUGUUUGUAGAUAAAUGUUUUAUUUUUUUUAUGUAUUGUCUUCUUGUCAACAUUUCACUGUUUGUGACUGUUCACUUGCUAAUGUGUGAUACAAUCAUCUUCAGUACGGUCGGUAGUAUGAAGGUUCACCAACAUGUCUGCACAAUCCUCUGAUGAUUUAUAGUGUUCGUAAGACUGAAUGUAUUUGGUAUUCACUGACCAAACAAGUAUGUGUGGUAAUGUAACGUGUGUUUGAAUUGGUGUAAAAUGGGAGUUGAUAGACUUCAGCUCUUUUUUUCCUCAAGGCUCCUCCAAGUGAAAUAAAGCUUUAUUUUUAGAGUUUCAUGAAACCACA